UGUGAGGGGGUAGCAGAUUAUAAAUGUAACUGUGGCAUAAGGAAGUUUCAGAUCAAAUUUAGGGUGUUGGUCUCCAAAGUGUGCACUUUGCUUUGCCUUCUGAUUGAAAUAGAGGAUCAAACCUAGUUUUGGAUCUCUGAGUGUUCUUCUUGCCUAGGUCAAAUGGAUCGGAGAGACUGAAGUCCAGUCUUGACAGUGGCUUGUGGGUCAAUAAGAGAGCAGGUAUAGAAUUAAAAAGCUCCUGCUGCAGUUCAGUCACUGCAGUUGAAGAUAGCAGUAAGGUCACUGACAGCAAUGAGUCAUCUUACUUUUCUUCUCCUUGUGCUGUGUGUUGGAUCAUCUCUCCCAGCUGUCACAGUGAGCACAGUGGUGGAUCUGCAAAAGAGAAUCUAUGGUGGGACUGACUGUAAUCAAAACGAGCGUCGAUACCAUGUUAGCCUGACAUUAUAUGCUGAUGGAAGGUGCAGUCACUGUGGUGGCUCUCUGAUUAGAAACCAGUGGAUUCUAACUGCAGCUCACUGCAGGAGUAGACCAAUGUUUGCAGUUGUAGGUGUGCAUGCAGGACAACGAAAUGUACAGAGAAUUGAGGAAAGCAAUAUAAUCACCCAUCAACAUGAUGACAUCAUGCUUGUGAAGUUACCAAAUCCCACUGCUGGCAUUCCAACUGUUCCUUGCCCAAAUAUUAAUGAUGACCCAACAAUAGGUAAUAAUGCGCAGGUCGCUGGUCAUUCUACCCAUUUAAUAGAUCAACAAGGUUUCAUAGUUCCUGAUUUUCCAAGUAAUCUCAAAUGUGCAACAAUGGAUGUUGUCAACUGUGAUGAUCCAGAGUGGAAUACAUUUUACCAACAAAAUCCUUAUUUACCUCAUGUACCUCAACAAAAUAGGUUGUGUUUACAAAGACAUGGGGUGGAUGUUCGUCCUGGUGAUUCUGGUGGCGGAGUGAUACACAGGAAUAAUCUGUAUGGUGUAAUCGUUGCUACAGGUGAAGAUGUCUGUGCUUGCGAAACUCUUUCCAUAAGGGUCUGUCCUUACAUGACCUGGAUAAAUCAGAAUGCUGUCUGAAAAUGAGUAAAUGUUUAUAAUAAACAAUUAACAGUGCAAGAAACUUG